AUGGAGCUCUUGAGCACGACCAAUCUCUUAGCACUAGCUCUUCUGCUCCUUGUAGUUCCCAAGAUUUAUGAAGCUUUUCGGAUCCUUGUUUGGCGGCCAUGGAUGCUAUCGAGAAGAUUCAAGAAACAAGGAAUCUCAGGCCCAAAAUACAAGAUCCUCCACGGAAACCUCCCCGAGAUGAGGAAGAUGAAGCAAGAAGCUAAGCUUUCGGUUCUUGAUCCAAGCUCCAACGAUAUCUUCCCUCGCGUUUUACCUCAUUUCCAACAAUGGAUGUCUCAAUACGGAGAGACGUUUCUUUACUGGCAAGGAACAGAGCCAAGGAUAUGCAUCUCAGAUCAUGAACUAGUGAAACAGAUCUUAUCAAACAAGUUUGGUUUCUUUGUCAAACCGAAGACAAGACCCGAGAUCCUUCAACUUGCUGGUAAAGGACUUGUCUUCGUUGAUGGUAUUGAUUGGGUUCGUCAUAGACGAAUCUUAAACCCUGCAUUCUCCAUGGACAAACUCAAGAUUAUGACCAAAUUAAUGGUGGAUUGCACUUCGAGGAUGCUUGAAGAGUGGAGAAAACAGGGGAAUGGUGGAGAAAGAGAGAAAGUAGUGAUGAUGAACAUUGAGUUUAAGAGAUUAACCGCUGAUAUUAUAGCGACUGCUGCGUUUGGAAGCAGUUAUGCCGAAGGAAUUGAAUUGUUUAAAUCACAAAGAGAACUUCAAAAGUGUUGUGCUACUUCAAUCACUAACGUCUUCAUCCCUGGAACACAGUACCUUCCUACGCCUUUGAAUAUUCAAAUAUGGAAGCUUGGUAGGAAACUGAACAACUCAAUCAAAAGAAUCAUAGAGGAGAGGCUAAAAUCGAAAUCCAAGAACUUAGAGUCAGAUUAUGGGAACGAUCUUCUUGGAAUCAUGUUAGCAGCUGCAAGAUCUAACGAGGCUGCGAAAAAGAUGGACAUAAACGAGAUCAUAGAAGAAUGCAAGACGUUCUUCUUUGCGGGACACGAAACUACCGCCAAUCUAUUGACAUGGAGUACAAUGUUGCUCAGCUUGCACCAAGAUUGGCAAGAGAAACUCAGGGAAGAGGUUUUCAAUGAAUGCGGCAAAGACAAAAUCCCAGAUUCAGAGACAUGCUCCAAACUCAAACUGAUGAACAUGGUAUUGAUGGAGACACUUCGUCUAUACGGACCAGUGUUAAACAUGGUCCGAUCAGCAGCAGAAGAUAUGAAGUUAGGAAAGCUAGUGAUCCCUAAAGGCACUACCAUAUUCCUCCCGCUUGUUAAGAUGCACAGAGACAAAGCCGUUUGGGGAAAUGAAAGCCAUGAAUUCAACCCACUGCGAUUCGCAAAUGGCGUUUCCAAAGCCGCUAAUCACCCAAACGCUCUACUCGCGUUCUCAAUCGGACCCAGAGCUUGCAUUGGCCAAAACUUUGCCAUGUUAGAGGCCAAGACCGUUCUCGCCAUGAUUCUUCAACGUUUCCGGCUUAAUCUCUCUGGAAAGUAUAAGCACGCGCCGGUGGAUCACCUCACUCUUCAGCCUCAGUACGGUAUACCGGUAAUUCUUCAACCCAUCGACAGUUGA